ACUCUUUAGAGGCGCGGGUUGUGGAAACGCGUUAAAAUCUUCGUAGUCGUGCGGUGGAGGCUGUGAACCCUGGUCCAGAAGGGCGGGGAGCGUGACUGUGUCCUCGGAACCGCAGCUGGACCUUCACGCAGCCGACGUGGUGCUGAGCUUCCAGUGAUCAUGGCCACGGAGGAAGCCCCGGACCUGGUCAAAGUGCUGCACCUGCUGGUGCUCUCCUUCUCCUGGGGCAUGCAGGUGUGGGUCUCCUUCAUCGCAGGGUUGGCGCUGGUGUGGCAGGUGAGCCGGCACACCUUUGGUCUGGUGCAGAGUAAACUCUUCCCUGUGUACUUCUACUGCCUGCUGGGCAGUACCUGUGUCAGCCUGGCCGUGUUCGCUGUGUACCACCCCAGGGAGCUGCUGGACUGGCACCAGACUGUGCAGAUGACGCUGUACUUCCUGGCUCUGAUUGUGACCGGUCUGAACUCCCAGUGGUUCGGCCCAGCGGUCACCGACACCAUGCUCCAGAUGAGGGAGGUGGAGAAGGAGCAUGGCCUGGGGAACCAGAUUGGCCUGGGCAGCCAGAAGGAGGCGUACGCCAAACUCACAGAGCAGGACCCCAAGUACAGAACCUACAGGAGAACGUUCGGCCGCUACCAUGGGUUGUCCAGCCUCUGCAACCUGAUGGGGAUCAUCUGCACCUCCGUUAACCUGAUCUACACGGCCCUGAAGCUGUCCGCCAUCUAGAGAGGGCUCCAGUCAGGACACAUAGUGUACACUCAAUUGACUUCAGCUCAUUCAUUUGAGAUGAUGUCUGAGCUGAGCCUUAGCAGCUGUGUGGACGCUGUAUCUCCAGCAGGGGGCAAUGUUGAACACAUGAACACGUCAUCAACACUGUAUGUUGUAAUGAAAACGUGUGAGCUGUGAUUGGGACAUUCAACUCUGCUAUUUUAUUCUCA